AUGGUUCCUGAAGACUACAAAGCCACAGAAGCUGAGUCAUCUGUGAUCUCAGGGUUGGAGCGAGCAGGUUCUCGAACAAUGUCAAUAGAGAGGGCAUAUUCUCAGAGAAAGAUAACCAAGGUGGCUGGAGAGUCUGGCAGAGUUCUUCAUGAAAAGGAAGAGCAACCUCAAGUAAUAUGCCACGGAAACGGCUCAGGAUUUUUCCCCCCUGGAUUUGAAAAUCAAUCGAAUGAUCCAAAGGAGAAACCACAUGAAUUAAUGGUGCAGUCUCCUUUAGUUGGCUUUUCAGGUGACAAUGAGCGAGAGGGGGGUCAAGGCUUACCUUUUGUGAAGAGCCUAGAAAUCUGGAAAGCAGUUGAAUCUAUGGAAAUUUUCAAAGUCAUGCCUCAAAACCCGCAUUUUCAACCCUUGGUUAAAUCGAAAGAAAUCCUCCGUGAAGGUUUAGCUGUUGCUCAUAUGUUGAACUUUGCAUCCUUGGUGCAGAAGACUUCUGCGCUGACAGUUGUUGAUCCUAGGAACCUUUUUACUACCAUUUUGGAUGUUCUUCCUGAAUUCGAAACUCUUGGAUUUGAUGUGAAGGCAGUAAGGGGCCGAACAAGCGAGUUGCUAAAGAUAAAAGACAGACGUGGACAUCCUCAACAACAUUCUGAUGAGUUGACUAAAAUAAAUGAAGAGAUUGGUGCAAACCAAAAGACGAUGAGAGAACUGGAAGAAAAGCAAGCAUUACUGUUGCAGAGGAAGAAGAGUAAAAUUGCUGAAAUUGCCUCACUUAAAUUAUAUGCAGAUUAUACCACUAAAGACCUUCAAAAUUUCGAGGCCGAUUUCGAGAGUUCAGCCGGUAGUUCCUGGUAA